AUUUGGGGAGUUUUCAGCUAUUAUUUCUUCAAUUUUUUUUUUCUGUCCUCUUCUUUUUCUUCAGUUAAAUAGGACUCAUAGCUAUUUAUUAGUGUUAAGUCAUGUCUUCUAAUUCAAACAUCAGGGUCAUCUUGGGGUCUGUCUCCUUUGACAGCUUUGUUUCUUAGCCAUGGGUUACAUUUAAUGCUGCUUUGCAUGUUUGGUAAUUUUUAGCAGUAUUGUUGAGAGUCUGGGUUUUUGUCUUUUUGAGACUUAAGUUUUGUUCUAGGAUGCAAUUAAUGUGUUCAGAGCUACUCUGAAUGCUAUCUAGGUUUAGUUUUAGACUUUAAUUGGGACACUCUAGAGUAGGCCUUUACUGUUGGGUAUGGUCCUUACUUUUGAGAGUUUUUGUGGCUUCCGAGCUGAAUGCCUGGGAUAUUAGUGAGGUUCUUCUAUUGACUGAAUAGGAACUUUAAAGUUUCUCAGCUCUGUGAAGCUUCUAGUAUUUCUAUUCUUCAUUUAACAUUGUAGUAGCUAUUUUCUGCUAGGUUUUUCAGACUAUUCCCUUGCACACAUGUAGCCUAGCCUUCUGUCCUGCUACCACCUUAACCUACCCCACUACAGAACUACUUCAUUUUUGAUUCUAUGUACUACAAAUUCCAUUCACUUCAACAGCUGCAUAUUCUGAUCUACGAUCACUCUGUGUUGCCUGAGGCCUCCUUGUGCUGUGGUUGGGAAAUUGCUCCUAGCCAGAGAGCUUGGAUGAAGGUGAGACUCACCUUUUGUGUUUUUUCUCAAGGAUCACAGUCUGUACUGCCUAUUGUUUGAUGCCUAAAAACAGAUGCUUUAUAUAUUUUGUCCAGCUUUCUACUUAUUUACAACAGGAAGAGAUGUUCAGUAUAGUUACUGUGUCAUGGCUGGAAGCAGAGUAAACGGAAGCUUACAGUUGCAUCUGCAAAUAAGAGUAUGGCAAAUAAAACAAACUUCAUAAAUAGAUUGAGUGUUAGGAGUAAUUGUGGAAUCCUAAUUAGGGAAAAGGAGUCAGGCUGGUGGGGGUGGGGGCCUGUAAAAAGAAAAUCCUGGACUUUCUUCAUGGUCCAGGACACAUAGCCUUUCUGCAGAAAAAACUCAGAGUCUCCCUGUGCCCAGCUUAUCACCAGACCCUCUGCUGAUAGAAAAAUACUGGUUAGCUCAUUGCAACCUUGACAUUAUCAGUACUGCACGUAGCCCUCUCCAGCACAAGAACGAUCCUAUAUAAUCCCCACCAAGCCUUUGUCUCUUUUCAGUCAGCUCCUCUCUUGCUGAUAUGCCCAUUGCUUUCCUGCAAAGUGUUUUCCUACUUUUUUUUUUAAUAAGUCUGCCUUUCUUUACUGUCUUGGUAAAUUCCCUUACUGCCCACACUACCAGCCCCAGGUAGUCACUACUUGUAACAGUAAUUGCAUAUUUGGGGAGUUGCUAAAAAUUAAUCAGAAAAUACUGUUUGUUACAAACCUUGUGGAUGCAUUAUAUAAUUAGAAAAGUUCUGUAAUAGGAAUAAGCAUUUGAUAUCAAUCCUUGUUUCUUCAUUAGUGACUAUAUUUUGAAAUAAUAAUUUCUUUAAUAGCAAAGAACAAGAACCCACUCAAAUUGUUCAAACAGAAAUAGGGAAAUUGCAUAAGGAUGCAGAAUUACCAUAGAAAAGUAGGGAAAUCGUGUAAGGGUGCAGAAUUACCACAGAAUUGAGGUAAUUCCCAGAGAAUAUGAAUGGGGAAGACUCUUCCAAAAGACUUGAAAAAUAUUUUGAGUACUGUUUGUCUAAUUGAGAUAAUUUUAAACUGAAAGGUUUAUAUUAGCGAAUAUAUAUUGAUUUAUGAAACAUAAUUUUGUCCCUUUUUUAAUUUUUAAGAAGUAAUUGAAUAUGUGAUUUCUUUGUUUUAUUUUUGUCCUAUCUUUGGUAUUAAAGUAUAUAAAUAAAGGAUAAUGAUUAACUUAAAAGUGUGUACUGUGGUUUAAUUUCAAUGGGCAUCAACAGAUAGCAGUAAUUCUUGCCUAAACUUUUGUUAUCUAAUUUCCCAAACAUAUAUUUUAAAAUUCUUAGUUGACUAAUUUCCUUUUCUUAAUAUUCUAGCUCUCUAUCAAUAUCAGCCCACAUCAUUGAAAAGAUAAUUUUGAAGACAUGUUUUGCUGAAAAGACAACUGAGAAAAAUUUUACGAAUGGGAUGAACAUGCUCCAGUUAAUUGACUACCUACUGCAAUUUGAAUGUUAACAUUACCCAUCUGGUACAGUUACCUAGUGAUGUACCUAUUUUCACAAUACCCUAUUUCAGUGUGCUUGUCUUGAUUAAAGAAUUCAAAGUGGAGUACCGCAAACUUGAUAUGGAAAAUAAAAAGAAAGACAAGGACAAAUCAGAUGAUAGAAUGGCACGACCUAGUGGUCGAUCGGGGCACAACACUCGAGGAACUGGGUCUUCAUCGUCUGGAGUUUUAAUGGUUGGACCUAACUUUAGAGUUGGAAAAAAAAUUGGAUGUGGCAAUUUUGGAGAAUUACGAUUAGGGAAAAAUUUAUACACAAAUGAAUAUGUGGCAAUUAAGCUGGAGCCCAUGAAAUCCAGAGCACCACAGCUACAUUUGGAAUACAGAUUCUAUAAGCAGUUAGGAUCUGGAGAUGGCAUACCUCAAGUUUACUAUUUUGGCCCUUGUGGUAAAUACAAUGCUAUGGUGCUGGAACUGCUGGGACCUAGUUUGGAAGACUUGUUUGACUUGUGUGACAGAACAUUUUCUCUUAAAACAGUUCUCAUGAUAGCUAUACAACUGAUUUCUCGCAUGGAAUAUGUCCAUUCAAAGAACUUGAUAUACAGAGAUGUAAAACCCGAGAACUUCUUAAUAGGACGACCAGGAAACAAAACCCAGCAAGUUAUUCAUAUUAUAGAUUUUGGUUUGGCAAAGGAAUAUAUUGAUCCAGAGACAAAGAAACACAUACCAUACAGAGAACACAAGAGCCUUACAGGAACAGCUAGAUAUAUGAGCAUAAACACACAUUUAGGAAAAGAACAAAGUAGAAGAGAUGAUUUAGAAGCUUUAGGUCAUAUGUUCAUGUAUUUUCUGAGAGGCAGUCUUCCUUGGCAAGGCUUAAAGGCUGACACAUUAAAGGAGAGGUAUCAGAAAAUUGGAGAUACAAAACGGGCUACACCAAUAGAAGUGUUAUGUGAAAAUUUUCCAGAAGAAAUGGCAACAUAUCUUCGUUAUGUAAGAAGGCUAGAUUUUUUUGAAAAACCAGACUAUGACUACUUAAGAAAGCUUUUUACUGACUUGUUUGAUCGAAAAGGAUAUAUGUUUGAUUAUGAAUAUGACUGGAUUGGUAAACAGUUGCCUACUCCAGUGGGUGCAGUUCAGCAAGAUCCUGCUCUGUCAUCAAACAGAGAAGCACAUCAACACAGAGAUAAGAUGCAACAAUCCAAAAACCAGUCGGCAGACCACAGGGCAGCUUGGGACUCCCAGCAGGCAAAUCCCCACCAUUUGAGAGCUCACCUUGCAGCAGACAGACAUGGUGGCUCGGUACAGGUUGUAAGCUCCACAAAUGGAGAGUUAAACACAGAUGAUCCCACUGCAGGACGUUCAAAUGCACCCAUCACAGCCCCUACUGAAGUAGAAGUGAUGGAUGAAACCAACUGCCAGAAAGUGUUGAACAUGUGGUGCUGCUGUUUUUUCAAACGAAGGAAAAGGAAAACUAUACAGCGCCACAAAUGACUCUGGACACAGACAGAUCCUGGGGAGUUACUUACAUGUUCAUCUGCUGUCUUGUGAUUAAAAUCAUCUCUGUAGUGACCACAUAUAUUUUUAAGGACUCACUCUUAGAAACAAAAAUGUCAUACUUUCAUACUUCAUUUUGUGGUUGUCUUACAUUCAUUUUUUUUUCUAAUUUAACUUUUAUGGAAGCUUUAAAGUUUUGUCAAAACAUGAGUGCUUUGCCCAUCAAUGAAUGGAAUGGACCAAUGAGGUGGUAUUGAGGAAUACAGUUCUAUAGAACAUUUUUCGGAAGUUCUUCUGUUAUAGAAAGCAGUACAGUAUCUUAAGUGUCAUCCAGUUUAUACCUAAUCUGGUUUUUUAUAACUCUGUAAGAGUAUAAUCAAAAAGGAAUUUUUUUUUCUCAGUGGAUAAUACAACAGAGAAAAGAGAGUUGCCCAAAUAUUUAAAAGAAAUUAUUCCUUGAGAACUUCAUAUUUUGUGACAUCUGCAUUGAUUUCAGUAUUACUGAUGGUACUGCUAUUCAUAAGUCAUAUUAACAUUCUUUCUGUGAAAUCAUGGUACAGUCACUGCCCAGAGGUACUGAGGAAAAAGCAAUAUGGGUUCAGCAGAUGGUAGUGGUAAAAUGAAUCUUAAGUAGUGCAGUAAAUAUGUGCUCUGCUUUUGUUGCACCACUAUGUGAAGUACUGUGUUGCAGAAGUGGCAAAAGCGCUUAUUUUUAAAAAUGCAAAAUAUUUGUAUAAUGUAACUUUAUGCUUCCAAAAAUGUAUGUUAGACAGCAAGAAAUGAAUACUUUAAGAAGUGAUAUAUGUUGGAGUUAUAAAGAAAUACACUAAGGAGAAGUAGUAAAUGUGAACCUUGUUGCAAUGUAUAUGGUGGAAGCCUAAAGAAAUCUCACUGAAACCUACUGCUGAAUGAUUACAUUCUCCCUUAAGCAGAACACUUUGGAUGUGCCAUGCAAUAGUGUCUGUGUAAUUAUUUUCCUCUUUGAUUAAAAAAAAAAAAAAAGGACCCCCAGCAAUAAAAAGUGGGUCACUCUAUGCCCUCUGUACACAUUAGUCUCUUACAUUCAACUUUGCUGAUUCUCUGGAAUUUUCCUACUCUUUAGCAUAAUUUUGAUGAUUGAAAAAUAUUUUGGAAAGGAUGGGUCAGGUGCUUUGCCUCCAUAGUCUUUUGAAGUGCCUGCAUAUAAACAAACAAAAAAAUUCUGUUAAAAAGGAAGCCCACUUCACUUUUCAAGUCUGCUUUGUUUUAAGCCAUAAAGACACACAUGUACUUUUGUCACAUUCUUCUAGCCAGAAUUUUCAAAAAGGGUUAAAACAAAAAGACUGGCUAGAAAGAUAAUUAUUUUUGAACAAAUCUCAUGUUCAUCUUUCAUUUAUAAAAUUUUUACUUAUUCCUUCCAUGCAGUCUCUUCGUUGUCUUUAAGUGUAUGCCUCCAGGCAUGCUUAUUUAUUUUUAUUGUCUCAAGGUAACAUUUAAGAUGUAUAUUAAAGUAAAUAAAUCUACAUUUUUUAAUUUCAUUAUUGCAUUUACAGGGAUUUAAUUGUACUUUGUAAUUUAUUUUUCUUAUUAGCCAAAAGUUUAAUGCAUUGUUUUUGAUGAAUUAGGCACCCACAUGAACAUCACAAAUCAGGACAUUGUUUAUCAUUGUUGCUAUGAAUCCUGUGAAUGAUCUUUUUUGAUUUUAAAGACCUACACUUAACCUAGAAAACAUUUGCUAUAUAAUUUGGUCAACAGUUUCCAUUCUGUCUAUAUGUAUACUGUCAUGAUGUCUUAAACUGCAGGAGUUACGUACUGAGUUUUUAUUUUAUUUGCUUUGAGUAAGGAAGAUGGAUGUUUUGGCCAUUAUAAUGUGAAACCACUUCUUUCUUUACAGUAUUUGACCAAAUUUGUGUGUCUAUGAUAUUUGUAAAUACAUGCGAUAACUGUAUUUCUUAUCAUAAGCCUAUUUAGUUUUAUUCUCAGUAGGAUUUUUUGGAUUGUACAGUGUUUAUAUGAUCUGAACUCCUUAUACAUAAGAAGGUGUGUAUAUUAAUCCAAUUAUGGACUUAAAAUAUUUUAAAAGUAUAAAUACCCUUAUUUGCUGCAAAGACCAGUGUGUAGACAUUUGCUUUUUAGCAAUAUUUUUAAGUGCUCCAUUUUAAUGCCAAGGAAUAAGUCUUCUGGCAACACAAACUGGUCAAUAAUAGGUAAUGCAGGUAUGUUCAGGUUAAGCCAACAAUGUUUUGCAUUUUUAUGCUUAUUUUCUGUCAACACUAAUGAAGUCAACAUUGCCUGAAUGUCUGAAUAAUGAAACACAUCCCUGUUUAAAAAGUAUGUAACUGAAAAAGAAAUAAAAAAAAAAAUAAAAGUAGUUUUUUU